GGACCAGGAACCUUGUCUUGCGGCUUCCACCCUUUCCCCUUUCUGUUCUUGCUCCUCCCCGGCUCAGACAUUCGUGUGGCUUGCAUCGAGCGGAACCCUAGAUCGAGGAGCUUAACACCCUCGUCUCCGGCGCGCGCCCAAACCCUCGUCGAUCUUCCGGUCGGAUCGCGCCGCCCCCCUGCCUUCCCCCUCUCGUCGCCGCUCUCCACGCCCAGAUCACACCGACGUUUCCCCCUCCCCGGGCUCCCCCAUCGCCACCGCCCUUGAUCCAUUCCCCGUCCCCCACCGAAGCUCCCACGAUGGCAGCACUGCAGAGGCCAACAGAAAGGAGGGCGUCGAGGUGCACCCCAGUGACGGCGCCGGCCACGCUCGUGUUCGAGAUCGACGGGUACAGUCUGCAUAAGGGCAUGGGCGCCGACAAGUUCAUCCGGUCCACCGCCGUCUCCGUUGGCGGGUACGAAUGGUGCAUCCGCUACUACCCAGACGGAGAGAGCAACGAAAGCCAGGGCCACGUCUCAGUCUACCUGCAGCUCCUGAGCAAGGGUGCCAAGGUAAGGGCGCUCUACGACUUGAGGCUGGUCGACCACACCACUGGGUUGUCGUCAUCGGUUUUCUCAGUCUUGAAAUCCCCAAUGGUGUUCGAUUCCCUCAGCACCAGUGGGACCAGUUAUAGUUGGGGUCUUCCAUAUUUUAAGAAGAAGAGUGAGCUAGAGAAGUCGGAUUACCUGCGGGAUGACCGUCUUGUGAUUGAGUGCGAUCUAACUGUCAUUAAGGAACCACUUGUUGCGGACACUGCGAUAACAGCUGAGGUCCAGAUGCCACCCUCAGACUUGGCAGAAAUUUUUGGAAAACUGCUAGAAGCGGCCGAGGAAGCAGAUGUGGCAUUCGAGGUUGAAGGUGAGAUUUUUCCUGCACAUAAGAUUGUGCUCGCAGCACGGUCUCUAGUCUUCAAGGCAGAGCUGUAUGGACCGAUGAGAGGCAAGUGUGGACAGAACAUCACCGUCGAAGAAAUGCAGCCUGCUGUUUUCAAGGCAUUGCUUCACUUUAUCUACACAGAUUCAUUGCCUUCCAUGGACAACCUUGAUGAUGAUGAGAAAAAAGAAAUGGUCAGGCACUUACUAGUGGCUGCAGAUCGGUAUGCAAUGGAAAGGAUGAAGAUGAUGUGUGAAGACAUUCUUUGUGAAACUCUUGAUGUUGAGACUGUGGCGACAACGUUGGCUCUAGCUGAUCAGCAUAACUGCAGCAGGCUAAAAGAUGCUUGUGCUGAAUUUAUCAUGUCUUCAAAUAGAUUGGAUGAUGUGUUGGCAAGCCAAGGGUAUGUGCACCUGAAGAAAUCAUGCCCUGCUGCCUCAGUAAAUAUCUUGGAGAGACUUAUGAAGCUUCUCAAAUUUUAGUGUGUCCAUCCUGGGUUAUAAUAGAUGGCUUAGUUAACAUGUAGCCACCUGAGACGAGGUAGUGUAUGCUUCACUUUUCACUUUCUAUCUAGAGAUAAUUUGGAGGAGACUAUCGUAGCAGAUAUGUUGGAGAAGGCAUGGAAGUCUUAGUAACCUGUGUGCUUGGGGUGGCGCUUGCCUUGUUAUGUCA